AGACAUAAUCUCUUAAUGUAUUCUGAGAUACUGAUCUUUUUUAUGCAUAGAAACACUUCACUUUUCUCACUGGACUUCAUAUCAUUAACAGUUUUGAUUUGUAAAAGAAAAGGACAAUUUGCCUGUCUGCCCAAGUCCAUUCUAUCAUUUCUGCCACGAUCCUGAGUGGGCAGCUUGCCAUGUGACCCUUCUCUGACCACUGAGCAUUAGACCAGGGUGGGGGACCUCUUAGCCAGGCUUGGUCAUUUGGAUACCCCCAGAAGUUUCAUACUGGAUCACAGAUUCUGUUUGGUCUUCGUUAGGCAUUUGAACAAGAAACUAAUCUAGAGCUGGAACCAUUUUUGUGGUCUUAUGAAAACCAAAUAGAAACAAACCAGCCCAGUGAGAAGUAAAAGAAUGAAGACUCAGAGACUCUGGAGAAGUGACUCUGACCCUCCUCUCCUGAGGUCCACUAUAUUCCCAGUGGGUCCUGGGAGUCCAAGAAAUGCCCUUGUUUCCUUGCCAGCAAAUAAAAGAAAGCCCUGAUUAAGACACCAGAUAACUAAAAGUCUUCAUUGAAGACAAUUUCUAAGAAAGGUCGCUCAACAUUCUGUGGUACAUGUUCCUACCAUUAGUCAUUUUAGUUUAUAGUUUGUCACCAUAAACAGUAUUUCAGUGAACAUCCUUGGACAUACAGCUUUGCUCACUUUGUAGAAUUUUCCUUCAUUCAAUUCCUGUGACUAAAAUUAAUGAGACAAAGAGGUAGGCACAUUUUUCUAAGGCUUUUUGAUUCAUUUUCCAGAUUGCCCUCCAGGAUGGUUAUACUAAUCUGUACCUUCUGUUAGUCUGAAAAUGCCCAUUUUUCCAUGCCUACAUCAAACCUGGGAAUUAUCCUUUUGCAUAUAUGACAUUCUGGUGGAUACAAAAUAAGUAUUUUAAGCGGUUUUUAAAGAAUAUUUUUGCUGUCAGCGUUGGUCUCUUGGAUGUUAAUUGGUCAUUUAUAAUUCUGAUUUUGUGAACAGCCAUACUUACAUUUUUUUCUGGAUUUUUCUCUUAGAUUCUUCUGCUUUUAAACAGCACUGCCCUUCAAAAUAGGGGUUCUGUAUAUAAAAUUUUAAACGCACAUGCUCUUUGACAGAUCAAUUCUAAUGUGUAGUAGUUAACCUGGAGUUAUAAGAGCAUGUAAAGCUAUUAAAUGUUCUCUGCAGCAUUACUUAGUGUAUGUGUAUAUAUAUAUGUGCGCAUAUACACAUAUAUAUGUGUACACGUGUACUAUAAAACAGUAGGAUAGUUGAGUAAACUGUGGUGCAUCCAUACAAUGGAAAACUAUUAGGCUGUUAAAUAAAUUCGUAUGGAAAGAUCUCCAAGGUAACAGAAAAGGCUGAGAUGCAAAUUCAUGUUGUGAUCCCAUAAACGUUCAGUAAACAAACGUUGAUUGAUUGGGUGCUACUACGUGGCUGAUAGUGUGCUGGGAAACCCAUACACGAUAUUAACAAUGGUUAACUUUAGGGAUGGGGCAUUCUUCAUUUAUGGUCUCUAUGCAAAUUGAAUUUUUAUUGGGAAUAGUAUCACCUGCAUAUUUAAAUUUUAGGAAUUUGUGCUGCUUGCCAUAUUGUACUUGUUCCUUCAUCGUCUAACCAGAAGCCCGAGAGGAGCCUCACAAAAGGGUCUCGGCUUUGCCAUCCCGUUGCUGAUGGAAAGGGCCCACGGAGACGAGCGGCGCGCUCUGGGCUUCGCGCCGCGCCUGCGCGGGGUGGUGGCGGCGGGAUCCUAGAGAGGCGGGACCGCGUUCCUACAAAAGCCCCGCUCGGCUGCCGGCGGGUCGGGCUCUGCGGCUUCGGGAGCCUGUGCGGUCGGGAGAGCCGCGUCUUUGCUGAGCAACAUCCUUGAGCUGUUUCCUCCGCUGAAGAGCAGGAGGACGUGCUGGUAUCCGGCGCCUGCGGGGUGCCUCGGGGUGCCUCGGGGUGCCUCGGGGGCGCAGGUGCCCCUCGGUGACUCGGACGGCCCUGCUGCCUGGACGCCAGAUGUACAUUUGGAAAAACAUUUCUGAAGUGCAAAAGUGGGCUAAAUGAGCCUUUUCCUUGAAGCCUUAAAGCUCAGCAUGGGUGAAGCUUUGCCAGGCCCCACCUCUGAAAAUGGAGACAGCCUUGUGAAAGUGAAGGAGGAAGACCCCACCUGGGAGCAGAUGUGCAGCUUCCAGGAAAGCAGCUGCGACACUCGGGAACUUUGCCGCCUGCGCUUCCGGCAGUUCUGCUACCAGGAGGUAACAGGACCCCGAGAGGCUCUGGCCCAACUCCAAGAACUUUGCCAUCAGUGGCUGCGGCCUGAGACCCACAGCAAGGAGGAGAUCCUGGAGCUGCUCGUGUUGGAGCAGUUCCUGACCAUCCUGCCCAAAGAGCUCCAGGCCCGGGUGCAGGCCUGUCAUCUGGAGAGCAGGAAGGAUGUCGUGACUAUGCUGGAGAAUCUACAGAAAGACACAGGAGACCCAGGACAGCAGGCGUGUAUCUAUACUCAGGGACAGGGCCUGUACCCACUGGUGACAGAUGAUCAAGGAGCCUCUUUGGAGUGUCAGAGUCUCCAGCUCCUGCCCAGGAAACCCCCCUUGAAAUGUGAACUUCCUGAACUCUGCCAAGAAAACCCUGAAGAAACAUCAUUGAAGAUGGAGGAAGAAGCCAUCCAGGCCCUUGUCACAGAGGAACGGCCGCCUUGGAGUCUGGCUCACAGGAGCCCCUGUAGAAACUCAGCUCAAGAGAAGGUUACAAACAUCAGUCCAGUGGCUGAAGAAGUUGUAACUAAAGAUGCAUUAUUUAAUGCAAAGCAAGAAACUUCUGAAGAACUGCAGCACAGUGCUGAGGACCUCAGGAAUACCCAGCAGAGCUGCUACAUCGUAUCUGCGGGCUCAUCUCUCAUGGCCUGCCCGUCAGCUUCCCCAAAGGUGGUCACGCUGUUGCCUCUGGGUCUCCCAUCAGCAGGAACACUGCUACUAGAUUGUGUGCCCCAGCCACCUUGUUAUACUUCUGUCCACACCGACAAGACAGUUGCACAUUUGAACACCCUGAAGGACCGUCACCCGGGUGACUUGUGGGCCCAAAUGCACAUCUCCUCCUUGGAAUAUGCUGCAGGAGACAUGAUGCGAAAAGGGAGAAAAAAGGACAAAGCUCGAGUGAGUGAACUGCUCCAAGGCCUUGCAUUUUCUGGUGACUCAGAUGUGGAAGAAGAUAACAAGCUUGAGGCCUACCAUGCUCAAAAAAAGCUAAGGCUGUCAAAUGUGCCAGAGAAGAAUUGGACCAAAAGAGACAUUAAACCUAACUUCCCAAGCUGGUUAGCACUAGAUUCUGGACUCUUGAAUCUCAAGAAUGAGAAGCUGAACCCAGUAGAACUCUUUGAAUUGUUUUUUGAUGAUGAAGUAUUCAACUUGAUUGUCAAUGAAACCAAUAAUUACGCAUCUCAGAAAAAUGUAAACUUGGAAGUCACAGUUCAGGAAGUAAGGUGUGUGUUUGGUAUCCUGCUUUUGAGUGGAUUUGUGAGGCGUCCCAGAAGGGGAAUGUAUUGGGAAAUCUCUGAUGCUGACCAGAACCUGGUUAGAGAUGCAAUUAGAAGGGACAGAUUUGAAUUGAUUUUCUCAUAUCUACAUUUUGCAGAUAAUAGCCACCUAGAUCAAAAAGAUAAGUUUACAAAAUUGAGGCCUCUCAUAAAGCAAAUGAACAGAAAUUUCCUCCUGUAUGCUCCCCUGGAAGAAUACUAUUAUUUUGAUAAGACAAUGUGUGAAUGUUUUGAUAGUGACCAAUUCCUGAAUGGGAAACCUAUUAGAAUUGGCUAUAAAAUUUGGUGUGGCACAACCACACAGGGUUAUCUGGUGUGGUUUGAGCCCUAUCAAGAAGAAUCAAUGGUGACGGUGGAUAAGGAUCUUGAUCUUGGUUUAGGUGGAAAUCUAGUGAUGCAUUUUGCUGAUGUUCUUUUAGAGAGAGGCCAAUAUCCCUAUCACCUGUGUUUUGAUAGCUUCUUUACAAGCGUCAAAUUGGUAUCAGCCUUGAAGAAGAAAGGAGUGAGGGCCACAGGAACAAUUCGUGAAAAUAGGACUGAAAAAUGUCCCCUCAUGAAUGUAGAACAUAUGCGAAAAAUGAAGAAGGGGUAUUUCGAUUUCCGAGUCGAAGAAAAUGAGGAGGUAAUUUUGUGUCGCUGGCAUGGUGAUGGCAUUAUCAGUCUCUGCUCCAAUGCUGUGGGCAUAGAACCAGCCAGUGAGCUAAGCUGUUCUGAUGAGGAAGAGAUCCAUCAGAUAGCUCAACCAUCUAUAGUGAAAUUGUAUGGUGAAUGCAGGGAAGGUGUAUCUAAAAUGGAUCAAAUCAUUUCCAAAUACAGGGUAAGAGUAAGAAACAAGAAAUGGUACUCAGUUUUGGUGAGCUACAUAAUUGAUGUAGCCAUGAACAAUGCAUGGCAGCUACACAGAACCUGUAACCCAGGUACUUCUCUAGACCUCCUGGAUUUUCGGAAAUAUGUUGCACAUUUCUACUUGGAGCACAAUGCUAAUCCAUCAGAUUAAGGCAGAUAAAAUGAACAUGGUGCCAAUAUUAAGACAAAUUACAGGUACAAAUCAGACUUUACCCUUCCAAAGCAAACCUGGUAUAUGUGAUGAAAUUAUUAAGUAAUUUAUAUUUUCAAAAGUCAAACAUCUAUAUAGAGUUUCAAAGACUAUUAUAACAAGGAACUAAAAAAAUUUUUUUUAAAUUACAGUGUUGAACUUGAGUGCUACCUUUUUUCUAUGACUAAUUUUUGGUGCAAGAUGUGGGAAGUCAUUCGUUGAAUUGAUUAAUUUGUACAUAGAAUGAAAUUGUGUCUCUAA